GAAACAAACAAUUGAAAAAGUCAUAACAAGAACACGUCACAUUAUAGAAAUUCAGCUUCUAGAGCUACAAUCGAAAUAAUUGUGAUUUGAUAGCAAAACGUUUUCUGAGAACGGCUGAAAUCAAAAAAAUUGAAGGAGCUCCGGAUUAAUUGACAACCAUGAGCGCAAUUUUCAACUUUCAAAGUUUACUUUCGGUUCUGCUGUUGAUGAUUUGUACUUGUGCAUAUCUGCGGUCGCUGUUUCCCAGUCUAAUUGAUCGGAAUAAAACAGGUAUGCUAGGUAUAUUCUGGAAAUUAGCAAGAAUUGGCGAAAGGAAAUCUCCCUGGGUUGCAGUGGCCUGUGUGCUGAUGGCGGCGUCGAUACUAUUUUACACCUAAGCUUUUCGUUGUAAUUAAUUCUGUUUAUGUUAUCUUAUUUAACUUACCGACUAACAGCUGUAUUGAAAUUAUUACUUUCUGAAAAUAUAAAAAAUAUGUUUUGAGAAUGUCACUGGUAAA